UACUGAGAAAUAGUCACUUGUCAUAUUGAGAUGAGGUUUUUUAAAGGGUUGUUAUUAAAGUGGAAAAGCAGCCCAGUUGUGUAGUUAGACGUUAGCGGUUUAGCUUAAUGAUUAGCCGGUUGCCGGGGCCUGGAGUGAAGACUGCGUUCGCUCAUAUCGCUUCUACCAUGGACACAGAAAUGAUACCAAAAUUCACAUCAAAAGAUGAGGAAAUUGAAUACUGGAAAAACUUGUCACUCAAAUACCAGAAAAGUUUUAAUGAUGCCCAGGAGGAGUUGCAGGAGUUCCAGGAGGGCAGCCGUGAGUUGGAGGCAGAGUUGGAGGCUCAGCUUGGCCAGGCAGAACACCGCAUCCGUGACCUGCAGGCUGAAAAUCACCGUCUGAAAAGUGAGGUGGAUAACCUGAAGGAGAAACUGGAGCAGCAGUAUGCACAGAGCUAUAAGCAGAUCUCCAUGCUGGAGGAUGACCUGGGCCAGACACGCUGUAUUAAGGAGCAGCUGCACAAAUACGUCAGGGAACUUGAGCAGGCCAAUGAUGACCUCGAGAGGGCCAAAAGGGCAACAAUCACAUCUCUGGAGGACUUUGAGCAGCGUUUGAAUCAGGCCAUAGAGAGAAAUGCCUUCCUUGAGAGUGAGCUGGAUGAAAAGGAGUCCCUGCUGGUGUCUGUGCAGAGGCUAAAAGACGAGGCCAGAGACCUAAGGCAGGAGCUGGCUGUGCGGGAAAGAGCGUCAGAUUCCACCAGGAUGUCAGCGCCCAGCUCUCCGACACUGGACAUUGACAAAAUGGACACUGCUGUUCAAGCCUCCCUUUCCCUUCCAGCUACACCAGUAGGAAAAACAAUAGACCAUCCUUUCAUGAAUCAGAAAGUGUUGGCCACUGGUUGUGGAAACUCUCCACUCACCCCAUCUGCAAGGAUCUCUGCUCUCAACAUUGUUGGUGAUCUGCUGCGGAAAGUUGGGGCCCUGGAGUCCAAGCUGGCUGCCUGUAGGAAUUUUGCCAAAGACCAGGCAGCAAGGAAAAACUACACAGAAAAUGGGAACCUGAUAAAUAGCAAUGCCACCAAGUUCUCUCAUUCUCUCCACACAACGUACUUUGAUAAAACAACUAUGAAUGGCCUGGGUCCUGUCGCUCUGAGUGCAGUGACUUCACAGCGAAACGUGUCCCCUCCUGGCAUGCUACCACUCAGCGUGUGAAUGAACCACAGCUGCUGCCUCCACGAAAAUCCAUGGACAACAUGGAAGCAAAAUGGAAAGGACAUUGGGAAGCCCUGCCACUCUGUGUGUUUGUGUAUGAGUGUGAUGCUGUGUGUGUGUGUGUCCGCGCGCGUGCGUGCAUAUGUGUCUGGCAGAUGCAUGUCGGACACUGAAGCACAUGUAAGACUGUCGGUUGAGUCCAGUUCUUCAGUGCGCUCAUGUUUCGUUUUUGUUUUUACUUGAAGCCAGCGAAAUGACAAAGGUGCCCAAACAGGCCCCUGCUUCUUUUUUGGCUUGUUAUAAAUUGUUGCACAUUUUAUUUUAUAUAUAUAAUUUUUUUUAAGUUAAAUUGGCUUUUGUUUUGGGUCAGAAAUAUAUUUGCGGUUAGGUGGCUGUGUGCGUACGCAUCUGAGAAACAGCCAUGGAAAAUAUCAGCAAUGCAUACCACAUAUAUACCUCUUCAACUGAAUUCCAUGUCCUCUGAAUCCAGAGUUACACUUAGGUUGUCUAAUUGGGUUGUUUUCUACUGAGAACAGUUGGGGAUUGUCCUGGAAUGUACUGUUUUAGCCUUUCAAAACAGCAUGGAAAAAUCCUCUACUCUCUAUAGUGGCCCUUUUGAAUUAUUCACACGUGUGUGUCUCUGCACUGUAUGCUGCUUCAGCAGGCUGGUUGGAUCGCUACUCACCUAGAAAACCUCACCGUCACUAUAUUAGCUUUAGAUUUGUAUCAUAAUGAUAUUCAGAAACUUGUGCUAUUAAUUCCAAUCACAGCACGUUACAAAAUGCCACUAUUCUCAGUAGUACAUGUUUAACAUUUACUCCAGCCAGCAUCCUAGCUUAGAAUGGUUAUAAUGGAGAUGUUCUGGAGAUAAAACAGUAUCAUUAUACCACUAUGUAAACUGGUUAUGAUAUGAAGUUGAAGUAUAUUGGUUAAGGAAUUGUUAGUGGUUGUAUUAACCUCAUCUCUGUCUUGUGCUUCUUGACAUUGCUGGUUGGUUUGACUUUCACUGUUAAUUUAUUUCAUUCACAAGUCUGUAUUUCUGACAGUUGUUUGUUUCAGUUCAGAUUGCCUGUACCAGCACUUUGUAAACGACAUAAUGUUGGAGCUUUUUUUUUUUUUUUUUUGGUGGUGCCCCUUAGCAUUUAAUUUUACACAGUAUGUUAAGUUAUUGAGCACACUAUUGACUCUGCAUUGUCCCAUGUGUAUAUAUGAUUGUAAGCAUUAAAAGUUUGCCCAGGAAAUUUGUACAUAUCAAAA